GCUCCAUUUUGGCAGCAGUUCAUCCCUGAUAACUUCCUCCUCAGUUGUAGAAAUCAGCAUAUUUCCGUAAGAUGAAGGCUAUUCUUGCCAUUGUUUUCGCCGCCGGACUUGUGGGCGUCAUGUCCACACCCGUGCAGGAGGUGAAGUAUGUCUACAAACCCAACCAGUGCGAACCAUCGGACCCUUUGAUCGUGCCACCAGGGAUCUUCAACUUGACCCUCCAUCCUCUCUUUAACCUGGCGGAGGAUUCUAACCACCAGGGCCUAGUUGUUGCCGGAGUCAGUGGACUGGUAGCAGAUGUCAGCAUCAUUAUUAUCACCUUGACACUGAACUUCGAAAUAACAGUUCCAUCCAUCGACGCUGACGCCACCACCAUUGACGUUAGCGGAUACAUUGACACUCGACCGUUCACUGCUCUGCCCGUUGGCAAUUAUACCGGAACGACUACUGGAACCACAACUGGUAUUGCUCGAGUCCGCAACUUGAGGGUUCAAGGAAGUGCCACUCUGUUCGUUAACAUUAUCGGAAAUCGAGUCUCUGUCCGCGUUCUGAAUGUGAACGUCUUCACUUUUGACGAGAUUUGCCUUAAUUUGGGAGCUGAUUUCCAAAUUGGUGGUGCCCCAGUGGAUUGGGCAGAUUUAUGUGCCAACUUUAAGGGUCGAUUUGACGCCGAAUGGGGCAAUAACCAAUUGAAGAACCAACUUGUGGAGAAGAUCAGAGUAACGGCUAACGUAAUUGUCGGACGGUACACCUUGGACGAGCUGAUUGACCUUAUUGGAGGAGGGGGUCCAACUACAGAGCCUUGCCUGGCUGCCUAAACUGCUUUUAUUUUAAUUGCAUUUUAAAAUUCGAUCUAAAUUUGCGACAUGAAUAAACUUUUCUUUCUAUCGGUUCUAACUUUAA